UCGUAUGAAUCUUUAUCGCUUUUUUUCUUUUCAAAAUAAUAACGUUUUCACUCUAUAAUACAAUUCCAUUACGUAUUUAUGUAGUAGCAAUAACCAUUUUAAUUUGGUUUAAUUUCCUAUAUAUCAUAUAGGAAGACGACUAGUAAUUAACUAGACAAUAAUCAAUAAUGGAAAACCCUUCAUACCAAACUUUUUUUCUCAUUUCAACUUAUUUGUUACUCUCAAUUACAUUCCUGGGAAACCAUGCAAUUGCACUGGGCCCCGCCAUUGUCUACUCAGAUGAAGAUGCGAUUUCUGUUCCAGAAUCUUCUCCCCUUUCCUUCUCCUCUUCGGGCACCAUCGCGGAGCCCCCUUCUCAAGGUACCACAUCUGAGAGCCCUUCAGGAGAUGGUUGGAACGACGCCCCAACCACUACCGACAAGGGCACAUCACCUUUCUCCAGCGUCCCAGUAGUGAAAGACACCCCUGCGGUGAACAUGUUCGUCCAAUCAGCAAUGGUGAAAUCUAUGUCGAAGACAGAGGACUUCAUCCACGAUGUCCUCGAGAAGCGGCUGAAUGACCCCGACACGGAUGAACAGAGGAAGGAGUGCCUAAAGACAUGCAAGGAUGUGUAUCAGGAUUCCAUGAAUGCCAUGAAGAAAACAGUGAAGGAUACGAAGGACGGAAACCUUUACAAGGCGAACGUUGACGUGAGCGCCAUGUCUACCGACGUUGACACGUGUAAGGAGUGCAUGGGCCGUGUUUAUAGUAAGGAUGAUCCUGAGUUCAAGAAGUUUACCACGUGGAUUGACGGCGUCACCAAUGAUUGCCUUGACAAAAUCACCGGACUCGGCAAUUGAUUUUUUGGAAAUGUAUAUUACUCGAGAAAACAAAUUAAAAAUAAACAUAUAUACAAAUUACGAUAGAAUAAGAAGAGAUCAUAUAUAAUGUAGGAUAACUAGGAUUUGCUAAUGUAGUAAUUUGGGUGAUGAAGAGGCAACCACCAGAAAAAUUUAGGAAUGGUCUACUUUUUUGAACAAUUAAAGGACGAUUAGUUUUAGUUUUUCUCAUCCUGUAUUUUUUUUUUUAACAAUUAUGCUCCCUGUCAGUUAAUUAGUUUUUUUUUUGCCAAUUAUGCUUCUCAUCUUUUAUUUAGCUUUUCAAUUUGUUUUUCACUAUUAG